UCUCCCCCCUCGCUCUCUCGCUCGCGCUCUCUCUCUGAGCAUCCUUGGGCCCGGGGUUGCCAUGGGGACAAGGUGGGAGCCGGGGAUGGCGCGCGCCUGGGCUCGCGCCGGCAGCUCAGGCGAGGAGCAGCGGCCAGAGCAGCGCCAGCAGCAGGCAGCGAGCGGGCGCGGGAGCGGGAGCGGGAGCGGGGGUAGCGUUGUCGGCGGCGGCUCCUCCUCGGCCAUCCCCUCGGAGCCGUGCAGCUGACGCGCAUGGCGAAGACAGCGGCGCCUACCGAUGGGAGCAGCGGUUCUCAACUGGACCCGGUUGGUGGCCUGAAUGUAUUAGCUUCGCUGCGUUUGCCCAAGAGAAAUAAGAAUGUCUAAGCCCCUGGAGGCCGAGAAGCAAGGUCUGGACUCCCCGUCAGAGCACACAGACACUGAAAGAAAUGGACCAGACACUAACCAUCAGAACCCCCAGAAUAAAACCUCCCCGUUCUCCGUGUCCCCAACCGGCCCCAGCACCAAGGUGGGCAUUCUCUCUGGCCUCCACUUAACAUUCUGGGGUCCCGGACCCUGCCUCUCUCCCCUCCAGAUCAAGGCUGAAGACCCCAGUGGCGACUCAGCCCCAGCAGCACCCCCGCCCCCCCCGGCGGCUCAGCCACAUCUGCCCCAGGCCCAACUCAUGUUGACGGGCAGCCAGCUAGCCGGGCUCACGGCGCUGAUGCCAACUCAGCAGCAGCUCCUCCUGCAGCAAGCCCAGGCCCAGCUCCUGGCCGCCGCCGUGCAGCAAUCCAGUGCCGCCGCCGCCGCCGCCGCUGCUGCCUCCUCCACCUCCUCCUCCUCUUCCUCCUCCUCCUCCUCCUCUGCCUCUUCCUCGACCUCACAGCCCCCAGCCUCCUCUGGAGGGGGCGACCUGCCACCACCACAGCCUGCCAGCCAGCCCCCUGGGACCCCGCAGCUCACCCUCUCCCAGCCCAUCCAACUCACAGCACAGGACAUACAGCAGCUCCUCCAGCUUCAGCAGCUGGUGCUUGUCCCCGGCCACCACCUCCAGCCACCUGCUCAGUUCCUGCUGCCACAGGCCCAGCAGAGUCAGCCAGGCCUGCUACCGACGCCAAAUCUCUUCCAGCUACCUCAGCAAACCCAGGGAGCUCUUCUGACCUCCCAGCCCCGGGCCGGGCUGCCCACACAGGCCGUGACCCGCCCCACGCUGCCCGACCCGCACCUCUCACACCCGCAGCCCCCCAAAUGCUUGGAGCCACCAUCCCACCCCGAGGAGCCCAGUGACCUGGAGGAGCUGGAGCAGUUCGCCCGCACCUUCAAGCAACGCCGCAUCAAACUGGGCUUCACACAGGGUGACGUGGGCCUGGCCAUGGGCAAGCUCUACGGCAACGACUUUAGCCAGACCACCAUCUCCCGUUUCGAGGCCCUCAACCUGAGCUUCAAGAACAUGUGCAAACUCAAGCCCCUUCUGGAAAAGUGGCUCAACGACGCAGAGACUAUGUCUGUGGACUCAAGCCUGCCCAGCCCCAACCAGCUGAGCAGCCCCAGCCUGGGCUUUGACGGGCUACCCGGCCGGAGACGCAAGAAGAGGACCAGCAUUGAGACAAACGUCCGCUUCGCCUUAGAGAAGAGUUUUCUAGCGAACCAGAAGCCUACCUCAGAGGAGAUCCUGCUGAUCGCAGAGCAGCUGCACAUGGAGAAGGAAGUGAUCCGCGUCUGGUUCUGCAACCGGCGCCAGAAGGAAAAACGCAUCAACCCCUGCAGUGCAGCCCCCAUGUUGCCCAGCCCGGGAAAACCGGCCAGCUACAGCCCCCAUCUGGUCACACCCCAGGGGGGCGCCGGGACCUUGCCAUUGUCCCAAGCUUCCAGCAGUCUGAGCACAACAGUUACUACCUUAUCCUCAGCUGUGGGGACGCUUCACCCCAGCCGGACAGCCGGAGGGGGUGGGGGCGGGGGCGGGGCCGCGCCCCCCCUCAAUUCCAUCCCCUCUGUCACUCCCCCACCCCCGGCCACCACCAACAGCACAAAUCCCAGCCCUCAAGGCAGCCACUCGGCUAUCGGCUUGUCGGGCCUGAACCCCAGCACGGGAAGCACAAUGGUGGGGUUGAGCUCCGGGCUGAGUCCAGCCCUCAUGAGCAACAACCCUUUGGCCACUAUCCAAGCCCUGGCCUCUGGUGGAACCCUGCCCCUUACCAGCCUUGACGGCAGCGGGAACCUGGUGCUGGGGGCGGCUGGCGCGGCCCCGGGGAGCCCCGGCCUGGUGACCUCGCCGCUCUUCUUGAACCACGCUGGGCUGCCCCUGCUCAGCGCCUCGCCUGGCGUGGGCCUGGUCUCGGCAGCCGCUGCGGCCGUGGCGGCCUCCAUCUCCAGCAAGUCUCCGGGCCUCUCCUCCUCCUCCUCCUCCUCCUCCUCCUCCUCCUCCUCCUCCUCGUCCUCCACUUGCAGUGAGGCGGCAGCACAGACCCCUGGAGGCCCUGGGGGGCCCGAGGCAGGGUCCAAGCCCGAGUGAGGAUCCACCUUGCCUCCCCUCCUACUCCUCUGAUCCCCACCUCAUUCCCCCCGCCUGGGAAGAGGGCAAGGAGGUCAGCGGUGGUGGCGCAGAGGGUCCUUGGAGCUGGAGUGACAAGGGAGGAAAGACCAAAAGAAAACAAAAAACAAAAAACAAAAAAAAACCCAACUAACCAAAAAAACAAAACAAAACAAAAGGAAGAAAGAAGGAAAGAAAGAAAAUGAAAGAAACCAACCAACAAAAAGAAACCAAAAAUAAUCUCAACAGAAACCAGCUGCCCCAAAGGAACCAGAGGUGAAAAACAAACCAAAACCAAAACCAAAAAAAAUGCCCCACAAAACCAAACCAAAACCCAGUUGCGAGCCAGACCUCAGUGUGCUCACCCUCACCGCUACGACACCAAAUAAGAACCCCAGCCAGGGGCAGAGAAGCCUCGGCAGGGUGGACCUCUCGCCGAGCCCCUGGCUGGGGGGCCAACCCCCAAUCUUGCCUCCCUUGGUGGGGGCCAGAGAAGGCAAAAGAGAAUGUGCCAGCCUCCAGCCCCAGCCCCCAGCCCUGGGCCAGCGAAGACAGGGCACAGCCUGGGGCUGACGGGUUGGGCUCAGAACCACCUGCCAAAUGUUCUUUUCCAGAAGGUGAAAGAGAAGGGGCCUAAACAACCUUACACCAAAUAUUCAGUAGCUUCAUCCAAAGGAUGUACAGAAUUUUUAGCGUUGCGCUCAACAGAAUGUGUCCCUACCAUGUGUCCCCCUCUCCCUUGGUCCCCAGCUCUCCCCGCCUGGGCAGGGGUCUCGCUUUAACCUCCUCCCUCCCCCAGCCAGGGGAGAGCGCAGGGCAGGCCUGGGAUGAUUUUUCACCCCUCAUACCUCCCCCUUUUCCCUUUGAAGGGUGGGCUAGGCUGUUUUGUGAAGUUCUAGCUCUCACAUGUGCCCCCUCAACCCCAUCACUGUCCUCUGCUCUGGAAUCCACCCACCGCCCCGGCCCAAGGGAAGGUGGACGUUUCGGGCAAGAGGGAUGAGGUGAGGGCAUUUGAGUUGUCUCUUUUCCCAUCCUUGUCUGUCAGUUUCCCUGAAAAAAAAAAAAAAAUUCAUAUUCCAGUGCCUAUCCGUGGGAUCCUUCACGUUCUUUGACAUUGACCAGAAACCAAAAAGAGAACUCACCUCACUCUUCCCACCCUGUGCCCCUCUGAUACUGGCAGAUGCCUCUUCCUCCCCCCCCACACAUGUAUACACGCACGCACCCCAGUGGUGGGGUUCCUCAAGGUGGCAUCCCCAUCAGGGUCCAUGUGGCGGGGACAGUGCCAUGACCUGUGGUCCCCAUCCAAGAGGCCGCUGUGGUGGCCACCACUCCCACGAGACCUCCCUCAAGUCUUGGCUGGACCCCAUGUUUACCCAGCCCCGGACCCGUCUCAACGGACAGAGGAGAGACGCCGCUGGGAGCCACUUUGCCCUCCUGCUAUGUGGAGGCCAACAAAGUUUUGAACCAAAAACAAAACACACACACAAAAAAACAAAAAAAACCAAACAAACAAUAAAUUAAAACUAGAAAAAAAAAGAAUUUAUAGAUAUAUAUAUAUUUAAGGGAAAGAAGACGAGGACUUUUCAAGAAUAAGAAGGAGCCGCGAGGUGGAGCCAAGCCCCUGCACCAGUGGUCCAGGCCCUUGGUCCCCAAGGCGGAUGGAAGGACAGACGCUUCUUUCUCUUCACAAAUACCUCAUGGACCGUCGUCUUCGGGAAAGCCGGAGGGGGAGGCUGGGGCUGGGCCUGUCCCUCAGCCAGGGCAGAUGGAAGCGGGCGGGCAGGGCUGGGAGGGGGGCUCAGGGACAGGAGUCAAGAGCCCCAAGCUCCCUGCCCUCCAAUCCAUUGAAAAAGCUUUAAAAAAAAAAAAAAAAAGAAACAAGGAAUAAGCAAGCAAAAAGAAUGGACAAAGGAAAACGAACAAACUUUCGGGUGGUUUGAUUCCUCUUCUGAUUUCUUUCUCUGUUCUCUUCAGUCCGUUCUCUCUCUGCUUCUCUCUCUCCCUCAUCCUUCACUCUUCUCUCGCCCCUCUCAGUCUCCUCUUUCUGUGUCUCUCCUCAAACCAAAGUGUUGCUGUGAAGGACGCGAGCCAUUGAAAUCAGAGGCCUGGACCCCGCUGGGCAGAGCAGCGGGGAGCCCAGAGCCCCGAGCCCCCAGCAGUGCCACUGGACACUCCAAGGAGAGGUGGCCGCUGCCCUGGGUCCCCCAAGUCCUCAGCGUCCUUUCUUUCUUGUCUCCUUUCUCCCACCCGGGAAACGAAACUGUUGGGCUGGGCCACGGAGACAGCAGAGACUCGGCUGUUUUGGGGGUCUCGGGGUGCCUUGUCUGGGCAGCAGUGGAACGGCUGCCCCUCCCGCCCUGGCACUGAUGGGGCCUGGCAUGCCGUUGAACCAUCCUUGCCGGAAUGUAAGCAUCUCCGCUGAACCGACUCCCUGCCCUUACCCUACCUCUGAGUUUGUCCAUGUUUAUUUCCUGAAGAGAAGGGACUGGCGAGAGGGCCUGGGCCCCAGCCCAAGGGUGGAGAGGGGGCCAAGGGCUCCUGAACAGAUAGGAAGGACAUUUGAGCAGAGCAAAAUGAAAGGAAUUAUGACCAAAUACCCCUCCGAGAAGACAGGCAGCAUGGAAGGCAUGGUGGAGAUGACUCAAAAACUAUGAUUCUAGACCAAAAAAAAAACAAAAAACAAAAAACAAAAAACAAAACAAAAAAAAACACAAAAAACCCAAAAAACAAACAAACAAAAAAAAACCACCAAAAAACCCCACAAAAAAACAAGAAAAAGAAAAAAAAAACAAAAACAAAAAAAACAAAAAAAGAAAAAAAGGAAAAAAGAAGAAAAAAAGGAAAGAAAGUCCAGGACUCACCACCACCCACUUCAUCCUGCUUCCUCCCCAUCAAGUCCGGCCACACGGGACCUCUCCCACACCCCGUACCCCCCAGUGUGGGGGGAGUGGGGCAGAGAGGAGAGGAGGAAGCAGGGGCAGGGAUGGGGCCAAUGCCCUGACAUUGGUGGAGGGACCCCCGUGCAGCGGGGGGCGGGGGGUACCCUCCCCAUCCAACCCCCAUAACUGGGAAAAGAAAAACAAGAAAAAAAAAGAAAAUUCCUGGGAGGGGAAAAAUAACCAAAUCCCAAGCUUUAACUACAGCUGUGAAACCAAAUAUUGGGAAGGGGGUGGGAGGGAGGGAGGGGCAAGUGUGCCCCAGGUCUCCUCCCUGGGCCCCCCUCCCCCGAGGACUCUAGAUAAGGCACCAAAUACCUCAUAGAACUUUAAUGUUAUAAAAAGGAAACCAAAUAUCGUUGGCUGGGGGCCAGCCAGGGCAAGGGGCUGGGGGGCUUGGGGGGAGCCAGGGUUGGGAAGGUGAUGGGGGAAUUCAUGCCCCCCACCCCGCUCUGCCCCUUCCACUCCAGUACCCCCUGUCUCGACUCCGGGAAACAAAACUAUCUCAUCGUUUUUAUUUUGUGGUCUGUACAGAGCCUGUGUCCGUGUGUCUGUGUGUGAGCGAGAGAGUUGGGGGGCUGGGGGACUUUAUGUGGGAGAUGGGGAGGGAGACCCCAAGCUAGGCUCUGGGCUAGGUGAGAUGUCUGAAGUGGGGGGCCAGCGGCCUGGGCUGGAAAGAGAGGAAGAUGAGUGGAUUGGAGGAAGGGGGAACCUUCUGAAAUUCUCUUCUCCCCAACCCUGACCUCCUAUUUGAGGGAGGGACAGAGAAUGGGUCUACCCUAAUGGUGGGCCUUUUGUGCCAAAAAAAAAAAAAAAAAAAAAUGCCAGUAACUGAAACAUCUCUCUGUUCUCUUCUGGGAGGGUGGGGGCUGGAAUUGGGAGGGAGGGGGUGGGGGUAUAAGUAGGGUUGGGUGGAGAUGGGGAACCCAAGCCCUAUAAGAGUUGGGGCUAUGAUCAGGAGGGGAGGGAAGGAUAUGAGUCUUGUUCUGUUCCCCCAACCCCCUUCCCGCCCCCAGCACAUCUCUGCCCUGGGGAAGCCCAAGAGAGGGUCUCCAAGCCCCGAACCCUGGGCAGACAGGCUAAGGGAUUAGCCUCUUAGGUGAUGACCUGACUAAUUUCCUUGCCCACCCAAAUCCCAGGGUGCCUCUCUCUCCCUUUAGCCCAGGGUAGGGGGAACUGAGUGAGAGAGAGAGUGAGACCGACUGAGCAAGACUGAGACACGCGGGCCCCCACUGGCCUCCAAGUGGGAAAGGCAAGUGAGAGAGAUAAAGGCCUCCAAGAGAAAAAAAAAAAACAAACCAAAGAUUUAACCAUUAAAAAGAAAAACCCACAGACAACUCCGCUACCUUUUUAUACGUUGGAAAAAAAAGUGAAAAAAAUUAAAAAAGAAAAAUUUAAAAAAAUACACAAAAACUCCAAGCCGCAGUUCCUUCAUGCGGUUUGAACUUUGACCUCAGCAGUCUCCAAAGCAAGAUGACGAUGACAAAGGCGAAAAAGAAGAAAAAAAAUAAUGUAUAUUUUUAAGUAUUUGUCCUUGAAAUGUUAGCUCCUUGUUAAACAAACACAAAAAGGAGAGAAAAAUCUAGAGAGAAGUGUUGCUGGGAUGGAGACAACUAUUUACUAUGUCUGUGACCCCUCCCUUCUGCCUCCCUUUCCUCUCCUCUAUCCCUGCUGCCCCUCCCCCAGCCUGUCCUCCAAGUCCAGGGGCUCAGUAUUUGUUUAUUUGCAUAUCUGCAGGGUGACGGGCUUCUCUGCACGUGUAGAGAGGGCCUUUGGAUCCUGGUGGGGUGGGAAAGGGGCAAGGAGUCUGGGGGAAAAGCAGGGGCCUGAUCUUGGAUCAACUCCUCUCUGCUAGCUCCUUUCUGGCUUCCUGUCCUUCCUGCUGCCACUGUCACCUCCCAAAUCCAAGCUUGUGCUAGGGCAAGAUGAGCACCCACCUUGUAAAGAUCUUAGUGGCUCAGCCCUUUCUGGGGUGGGUGUCUCCCACCCAUUCAUUUAGAUGAUCAGGUUGGAAUGGGGAGGGAGGAGGUGGCAAGUAGAGGGCAAGGGAGACCAUGAAAUGGUGUCUGGAAAUUGAGUAGGCCUGGAGGAGACCUGCCUUUCAUCUGUUCUCAGAAGUUAGCCCCACUUUCAGUUCUGUCUGACCCCUGUGUUGGUAGCCCCUCCCUGCCCAUCCUGUACCCCUCCCUGUCUCUUCUCGUGGUAGCGGGUUAGCGUUUCAGUGUUCUUAACUCCAAUCUGCUUGUUCAUUGUACAAUGUGCUUCUUUUAAGGCCCCAUUUUUGUAACUUGAGUGUGUCAUUCAUCUGAACAACAUCAAAAAAUAAAAAAGUAAAAACUGUA